AUGGCUGGAAUUGAAGCACGUAUUUUCAAUUUUGGAAUGCAAUCUAAGUUUUGCAAUGAAAUGGAAGAAUCUAAAAUUAUUGAACAGGCAAUAAACACAGCUAAUUUAGAGAUGUCUGGUGGUGAUCCAAACUAUCACGUUCCAACACUUUAUAAUUUAAACAGUGAAAAAUACCGUAUUCAAGAUCAAAUGGCUGCAGCUAUGAAUGAUCUUUUUGGAGGUGAUUUGAGUUACAUUCCUAAAACAAUUUCAGAAAAACAGACUUCCAUAAGUAGUCGUAUAUUGGCGACAAAUGAUACGGCACCGAAUCCACAGGAAGGGUCAUGUCUUAGGUCAGGUACUUUGAUAUCAGUGGUUAACGGUACCAAGGUAGCAAUCGAAGAGCUCAAACCAGGAGAUAUAAUUGUGGGUAAGAAUGGAGCACCGUGUCAAGUUCUUGGAAGAAAUGAUAUAUUGCUGGGAAACAGAUCCUUAUAUGGCAUUUCUCAGGAUAAAACAGCAUUUUUUACAUCGGAACACCUUUUCGCUACACAAAAUGAUGAAUGGAUGUGUAUUGAUCCAGAUCUUUUUCGGCUAAUGAAUCCUCAGAAUAGUAUAAACCAAAUUCAUAAAAUGCAAGACCAAAAUAAUAUUCUUCGAUGGAACGGAAAAACAACAGAUUCAGACAUGCCAGACUUAUAUGCAUGGCCAGCUGUGUUAAUUUGUUUGGCCUCAUUAACGUUUGCUGAGAGCACACGCCAAUUCCAAGAAUGUUUUUCUACAAUUGAUUCUCUAGCAGAGCGCAUCCGGGAACUUUCUUAUCAAAUUUCUACAGAAUGGAAAAAAGUAAUGGAAAUGCCAACUUAUUGCAUGAAUUUCAAUGACAUCGAAAAAGCUAUUAAACUAUCAGUUGAAAAAUUCAAAUAUUUAGUUGAUGGCAAUCAUAAUUUCCUUAAAGAAGUUCUCAGCAAACCCACGUUCAUUUUCCUGUUACAAAAUCUUUUUAUCCUCUGUGGUAAAGAUUUACAUGAUUUUCUCAAUGAGCACAUUCAAAAUGAUAAUGAUGAGUUUUGUUGUAGAGCAACCUUACUUUUUAGAACUGCAGACUCUCUUAUAAAACUUUACAUGAAAAAACUGGACUAUGUUAAUAUGUUGAAAAAAUUAAUUUAUUGCUUUGAUGAAUUUACAGUAUCUUCUAUUAUUAUUAUAGAAUCAAAUGAGUGCGGAAGUCAUAAAUUUUUUAUAAUUGAAUUCUAUAACCAGCAAUAA